UUCUCAGUAGCUUUCAUGCAUGCUAACUUUACUCCAUUUAGAAUCUCACACCUGUUUGAAUUUAUCUUUUCCAUACUCACAGAGGGAGAACAAGAAAGUGAACCAUCACCUAUACCAGGCCAAAAAUCAUCAACAGAUUCACCAGUAGAGAGUGGUCAUGGUUAUAGCAAUCCAAUGUCAGGUUCUAAUGGAGACCAGACCUCAUCAGCUAUGGCUAAGGCUAAACUUGAUAGCUUCAAGAACUGGAGUAUCUCAACAUAUAAAUGUACUAGACAAAUGGUACAGGAGAAGCUUGGUAAGGCUUCUAGGACUGUAGACCUUCAGCUUGAAGCACAGAUUGAGGUCUUACGGGACACUCAACGGAAGUAUGCCCAUAUCCUCAAGCUAACCAGAGCCCUGACCAAUCAAUUCUACCUGGUAGUCCAGACACAAAGAUCUCUUGGUGAUGCUUUUGGUGAGCUAUCUCAGAAGUCACCAGAGCUACAGGAAGAGUUCACGUAUAAUGCUGAGACACAGAAAUCACUUUGCCUAAAUGGAGAAACAUUGCUUAGCGCCCUCAAUUUCUUUACAUCAAGUGUUAGUACACUCUGCAAUAAGACAAUGGAAGACACACUGCUCACUGUGAAGCUCUAUGAGUCAGCAAGGAUAGAGUAUGAUGCUUACAGAGCCGACAUGGAACAUUUAUCAUUAGCACCUAAAGAUGCUCAGACCCAGGCUAGACUUCAUGAAGCAAGACAGAAAUAUGAAACACAAAAAGAGAAGUUUGAUAAGCUGAGACAAGAUGUAUCAGUCAAGCUAAGAUUCCUGGAUGAAAACAAGGUGAAGGUGAUGCAUAAGCAAUUACUGUUGUUCCAUAAUGCUGUAGCAGCCUAUUUCUCUGGUAAUCAACAAGCACUUCAAGCAACACUCAAGCAGUUUAAUAUCAAACCUAAAGCACCUAGUGAGAUGCAACCAUCAUUCCUUGAAAAACAGUAGAAAUCAUGUGACCCUUGUUCUACCAAUCCCUGAUCAGUACACAUACACAUGUAGGUGAAAGUAGGCUAUGGCAAUACAAAGUUAUAAUUAAUAAUGUAAUAAUGAUAGUGACAGCAACUUUUAUUGUAAUCUGGUUACUUUUAAAGGGGUUUAUGCAUAUAUAUCUAAACAUACUACCCAAACAUUAAAUUCAAUCAGUUGACCAUUAUCAAUAUCCUGGCUUCUGGGGAGUAUUUCACUCAUUUAUCAUGUGAGGUAUUCACAGUGCUUGACAAAGUAUCCCCAUUGGAAAAGUUUACCAAGGAUCAUUGACUGCAUGCUUUCAUACCAUCAUGGCUUGCUCCAAGCUACAGAGUCAGAGGUUUGUUGGUCGUUUGUUGGUGAUGUAAAAGAUCAUUUCCAAUACCCAAAUAACUGCAGGUUUGUCAAAACCAAUUUUCAUAUCAACAGUAUCAAUUCAGUGAUUUGUAGAACAUAGGUUUGUUAUUACUAAUAGAAUACCUAUAUCUUGUGAACGCUUUUUGUCUUGUAUUCAUUUCAUGUGAUAUUAUUUCUGUACUCAGACCUGCCAUUACUUUUUUGUGAUUUGUGAUUUCUUUUUAACCUUUUCCUACAAAACACAGAUACCUGUAACAUUUCUUAUUCUUUAUUUAUUUAUGCUUAUUCUGGAAUAAUGACAAAUUUGUUUUAAAUAUGUGAAGCUCACUCAAGAAUAGUGUUUCGACUGAAACUAGACUAUGCAUGUCAUUGUGCCAAAAUAGCAGAUGGAGGAAGAAAAUCAAUAACAGAGGAAUUAAGUAUUGGGAGACACGCAGAAUCAUUUUAAAUAUCUUUGGAAUAAGGAUUUAUAGAAUAUAUUCAAUUACAUUCAGGGUGUAUUAAUGUAAUAUUGAUAAGUUUCAGAAACUGCCCACAAUUAUGUAUACAUCUAGAAAGUCAUAUUUUCAGCUAGAAAUAUUACCCAUGGAAUGAUUAAUCUUGUAUAUGUUGCCUUUGUCUUUUUGCAUGCCUUAAAUUUAUAUCUAAAAUAAGCCAUUCCAAAAUUAUCAGACAAUACAACCCAAUUUUCUGUUUGAUAUACAGUGAUAUUUAGAGGUAAAGAUGUAUAGCUAAAUAGUUGUACAGGUUUCAAAAUAAGUACUAUUGGUGAAUAUGUUUUUACCUGAUGAAAGACAUUUCUAGUAAUCUCAUUUCCUCAGGGCCCUGUUGCAUAAUACUUCUAUGGUAUCUUUGCCAUUCAAUCAUAGCUGCCAUGGCAACCAUGCUCGACAGUAAGUCAAUGAUUCUAUGGAAACGGAUGACAACUUUUCCAUAGUAAUCAUUUUCGCAAUAGGGUGCUGAAACAAAGUUUCAUAUUUUAAUAUAUGUACCCUUUAUUACACCAAUUAAAAACUGUUUAUGUUAAUAUGUUUCUUAAGAAUAUAUAUAUUUAAUUGAGAGUAUAUACAUUGAAUUAUAUUACCCCCUCCCUUCAUACAGUGUAAUAAUGAAGGUGUACAGUGUAAAUGAUAGGUUCUGUACAGUACUCUUCUGGGGAUUUUUAUCGUCAAAUGUGAAAAGAAACAUGAAAGUAGAAAUAUGAUUCUAGAUAUUUGAUGACUAGAUCAAAUUUAUUUUGCAAGAUCUCUGUUAGCCAUAAUGGGAUGCUUUUGAAUUAUGCUAGAAAUCCUUACUAUUCAUUCAUUAAUGUUACAGGUUUGCAAUUCUUAAGAUAUGUUAAUUCUUAGUUUAAUUCAGGAAAUGUUAUGCACUCCUCACAAUGAUCACUGAUUGAUUACAAAAGUUUUUCAACAACACAAUUUUUUUCAGUAUUUUUUUUCACCGUUGCCUCAUGAAAAAAAUGUAGUAAACAUAAAAUAUAGAGUGUUAGCAAAGUUUAGACAUUUUAAGCUUCCCUUUAUUUACAGCACAGACUUACGCUAUGGCUUUAGAUCAUCUUUAAUAGGCAAUGGGUUUACCCACUGUCUACCUUGACUGAUUAAUUAAUGUACUAGUAUUACAUCUUUGGAGUUAGAAGAUGUAAUAUUCAAUGGCCUAGUGACGUUGAAAAAUACCCCCAAAUCAGCCCGGAAUGUUUUAUGAUAUUUUAGAAGCAUGUUAUUCCCACUCAACAUGAGUGAUUAUAUCUUGGGACAUCUUUAACUUUAAGUGUUUUUUUAUUUUAUGUGUGCUGAAAAGGUCAUACAUUUAUUAUCAUAUUAAGUGAAUGUUAAGAUUUUGGUACAUUAAUGUCUUGCAUUUUUUUUUCAUAUCAAUGUUACUGGUGCUGGUCUGAGAAAAUAGUAGAUAACUAGAUACAGUAUUAUUUGAAACCUUGCCCCUUUACUAAUUAUCUUAUAGGUAAUCUUUCUAAAUAGUGAUAACAAAAUUAUAAAUCAAUCUCAAUUUGUCUCCUGUAUUCCAUAUUUUCUUUUAACCCUUUUUUGUCAUAGAUUUAUAGUAAUUACAAGAUAGCUAUAUGAUUUUUUACCAUCAUUAGCAAUAUAUGUAUAUCUGAAUAUUUCAUUUUUUUUCUUUAAGAAGGCAUUUUAUGUUACAUUUAAGAUCUGCUUCUCCUAGUAUGAUAUUGGUAUAAUAUAUCAUGUAAUCCCAUUGCUUGCAUUUGAUUUUAGCUGAGAUUAUUUACUUUGUCUUUGCAUAUUACUCUGUUGGCUACUGGAACAAGAUAAACCCUGUACAAAGCCUACAGGAAUUACAGAACUCAGUAGGGUUACCGUAAAUGUUCUUGUUUAUACUCUCUACUUCCACGUAAUCUAUGGUUAUACAAUCCUGAUUUACUUUUGCUAAUGCUUACAUUUAAAAUGGCGAGUCCGUUAUGUUAAGUAAGACCAUUUAUUAUUGAACUAAUUUCUUUAACACAAGGUAUUCUGAAUGAAAAGUGGAUAUGAAGAUCAGGAUUCGAUUAUACAAACUUUAGUAUAUUGUGUUCCAUGCAAUCAAUUGCAAUGAAUUGCAAACAAUAAACAGUCAGGUAAGGUUAGUGUUAUGGGGCCCUGGCCUUUAAUGUUGUCAUAAUUGAUUUCAUAGUAAAUUACUUAUAAACAGAUUUUAAAAAAACAAAAGGACUAAAAUUAUAACUUAAAAAAUAUGUAAGUGAUAACAACUUUUGUGGAACAUAUCACAUUUUUGCAGGUAAAUAUUAAUAUUGUAGCUUGGGUGCAAAAAAUUAUCUUGGAGCUCAAUAAGUGCCAGAAUAUUGCUUCCAUAAAUUGUUUCCUUUGACAUUGUGUAGUGGUUUCAUGGUUUGAGAUCAAAUGCUGGGAUUAUAGCAUAACAGUUUAUAAAAUAACUAGUCUUUAAAAAAAGAAAUCCCCAAAAUAUGAGAUACACAGUGAUGUAUUAUUCAUAUACAUAUGUAACACUAAAUGCUGUAACAUAAACAUUGUUUAAAGGGGUUAACAAGUUGCAAUAUAUAGAGCAGUUAUAGAGCAGUCAUUAAAUUAUCUAAUGAUAAAGACAGAAGAAAUUUAAGUUGUAGUAAAUGCCAUAGUUUCAAGUAUCUUUUUUAUUCAUCGUUUGUCAUACCGAAAUACAUUCCUGUAUAUAGUGAACUUAUUUCAGACUGAUUAUAGAAAUGGUGAUGGGAAAGGGCCAGUUUAGAAACUUGUUUGAUUAUAUUUCAAAGUCAAAAUAAAACCAAUUUUUAUUUCAUCUUUUUAUUGAUGUUUUCUUGGUUAAAGAGUGCAAUGUAAUCAAAUUAUUCUUUUGACAAAAUAUUUCACUUUAUAUUUCAUUAAUUAUGUUUGUGUUACAAGGGGCUAUGUUAGAUUCUUGUAGAAAGCAAUAUAUAUAUAUAAAUGAUAUCUGUAAAAUUCAUAACAAAAUAUAUUUCAAUCAUGUUGAUAAAAAUGAAACCAGUCCUGCAAUAAGUGAUUUAGACCUUUUUUUAUCAAUAAUAAAUGCUAAAAUGCUUUAGCAAAAACAACCCUCAGCCAAUCCGAUGGCUCCAAUUCAAGAGCUUGUGAUAGUAGCAUUUAUCUAAACGUUGAUCACAGAGCUUUAUGGAACAAGGAUGUUAGCUGUUCCAUCUUGUCACGAAGAGUUUUUAUCUUCUUUGUUGAUGGUUUAACUGUUCAUAUUCAUUUUAAAAUUCCAUUGAAAAGGCUUACCAGAGAAUGGAAUAUCAGACUCCUGGAUAAAGAAAACUGAGCUUUUUUGUUAUUUUGUUGAUGAGUAGAGACAUAGCCAUCAAUAAAAGAGAUGAAUUUUUGACAAUGAGUGCAAAUACCCCUGUAUUAAUUACUUGGUAUAAUCAUACUAGUAUGACUUUCUUUUAUGCCUGGAGCUGGGUUGACUGCUUUAGUUGAAUUUACAUAUCCAGUAGAAGAAGCUAACCAAUAAUUUUGAUAUCUAACUUGCAUGAAUUUGAAUUAGUGGGACUGGUAAUUUGUCAUAAUAUAUUUGACUAUUUCCUUUAUUAAUGUACAUAGAAUUGUGUAUGGUAUACCUUGUGUUCCUACUUCUUGAAUUAAAGUCCGUUUCUUAUUGCAAAAUAUAACAAAUUAA